ACUAUGCAAGUCAAUGGGGACCAGCAACUGAAGGUGAACUAUCCCUUUAAUGUGUAAGACGCCUCCAUUACAUUGUGUUUAAUCACAACCCACCACAUGGCUAAAUUGUUUUCACAUUCCUGUGUAAGAGCUAAAGCUAAAGUGAUGAAUCAUGGUGCCUUUGAGCCCUCAAACUGAAAAUGACUCCACAAACAUUUAAAAAAACAGCAAUAAAAGUUGCAUGUGAGUUGGUUUCUAGGAAAGGAUUCGUCUGUUUAGCAUGUGGAGCAGUGAUGGAUGAACCCACCGUAAAGAUGCAGCUGGAGGUGUUUCUGAGCUGCUCCUCACUGAGCUACUGUACCAUUAAAAUCAAGUUUUGAGUCGAGAUGUCUUCGCCAUCAUCCCAGAGCCGUAAGAGAGACCCUCCGACCCCCGCGAGUGAGGACCCUCUCUCCCCUCCGUCACAGCGGUCGAGAGCUCAUGACACGUCCACGGAGCUUCAGCCCAUGCCCACGUCUCCAGCCAUGGACACAGCUGCUCAGGACGUGUCGCUGUUCUCCAGCCCUAUGGCCCCGCGCUCUGUCCUGCAGAGCGAGGUCGAUGUGAGUUCUCCGCUGAUGUAUGGCACUCCCAGUUCCAGGGUGGAAGGAACGCCCCGCAGCGGCAUACGCGGGACCCCAGCACGUCAGCGGGCCGACCUGGGAUCUGUCCGGAAAGCUCCACAGGUCGACAUGCAUUCGGAGCCAGUGAGUGAAAACAAAACGAAGAACAAAAUGACUACAAAUUAAAUCUUUGGGUUGAGAAUUUUUGUUCUUUUUUUGCAGCGUUUCCUGCAGCAAUUCACAGACCCCAACUCCAGAGAGGAGGAGAAUGCUGGGCUGGAUCUGAAUGAGCCUCUUUAUAUGCAGAAACUGGAUGAGAUCAGCGUCGUUGGAGAGCCGGUAUUGAAUGUGAACUGCAGUCAUAUUCAGACAUUUGACGCUGAUCUCUACCGUCAGCUGAUCUGUUAUCCGCAGGAAGUCAUCCCCACUUUUGAUAUGGCCGUCAAUGAGCUCUUCUUCGAUCGUCUCCCAGACUCCGUGUUGGAGCAUCAGAUUCAAGUGCGUCCCUACAGCGCCCUGAAAACCAGAAACAUGCGUGCGCUCAACCCUGAAGAUAUUGACCAGCUCAUCACUAUCAGUGGGAUGGUGAUCCGCACCUCUCAGCUGAUCCCUGAGAUGCAGGAGGCAUUUUUCCGCUGUCAGGUGUGUGCGUUUAACACUCGUGUGGAGGUGGACCGCGGCCGCAUCGCUGAACCUGCCGUCUGCCGCAACUGCAACACCACCCACAGCAUGGCGCUGGUGCAUAACCGCUCCGCCUUCUCUGAUAAACAAAUGAUAAAACUGCAGGAAUCUCCGGAGGACAUGCCUGCGGGUCAGACGCCACACACCACAGUCGUCUAUGCACACAAUGACCUAGUUGACAAAGUGCAGCCUGGAGACAGAAUAAACAUCACUGGCAUUUACAGAGCUGCCCCCAUGCGUCUGAACCCACGACAGAGCCAGGUGAAGUCUGUGUACAAGACCCACAUCGACGUCAUCCACUUCCGGAAGACGGAUGAGAAGCGUCUUCAUGGACUGGACGAGGACGGCGAGCAGAAACUCUUCACCAAAGAACGGGUAGCAAUGCUCAAAGAACUAGCUGCCAAACCGGACGUCUACGAACGCCUGUCGUCUGCGCUGGCACCCAGCAUCUAUGAACACGAGGACAUCAAGAAAGGCAUCCUGUUGCAGUUAUUUGGCGGAACCCGUAAGGACUUCACUCAGACGGGCCGCGGAAACUUCCGCGCAGAGAUCAACAUCCUGCUUUGCGGUGAUCCGGGCACCAGUAAAUCCCAGCUGCUACAGUAUGUGUAUAACCUGGUUCCUCGUGGUCAGUACACUUCCGGGAAAGGAUCCAGCGCUGUGGGUCUCACAGCCUACGUGAUGAAGGACCCGGAAACCCGUCAGCUGGUUCUGCAGACAGGAGCGCUCGUGCUCAGCGACAACGGCAUCUGCUGCAUCGACGAGUUCGAUAAGAUGAGUGACAACACGCGAUCUGUGCUGCAUGAGGUCAUGGAGCAGCAAACGCUCUCUAUUGCUAAGGCUGGGAUCAUUUGCCAGCUUAAUGCUCGGACCUCCGUUCUCGCCGCAGCCAAUCCAGUGGAGUCUCAGUGGAAUCCCAAAAAGACGACUAUAGAAAACAUCCAGCUGCCUCACACACUUCUGUCCAGGUUUGAUUUGAUCUUCCUGAUGCUGGACCCUCAGGAUGAGGCGUAUGACAGACGUCUCGCGCAUCACCUCGUGUCUCUGUAUUAUCAGAGUGAAGAGCAGAUUGAAGAGGAGUAUUUGGACAUGGCUGUGCUGAAAGACUACAUCGCUUUCGCUCGCACGUCUGUGCAUCCCAGACUCAGUGAGGAAGCUAGUCAGGCUCUUAUAGAGGCCUAUGUAGACAUGCGUAAGAUCGGCAGCGGCAGAGGGAUGGUGUCUGCGUACCCCCGUCAGCUGGAGUCUCUCAUCAGACUGGCUGAAGCUCACGCUAAAGUACGUUUCUCAAGCAAAGUCGAGUCCAUUGACGUGGAGGAAGCCAAGAGACUGCACAGAGAGGCCCUAAAACAGUCCGCAACUGAUCCCAGGACAGGAUUCGUGGAUAUCUCCAUCCUCACCACAGGGAUGAGUGCUACAGCACGCAAGCGUAAAGAGGAAGUGGCUCAGGCCCUGAAAAAACUCAUCCAAUCAAAGGGCAAAACACCAGCUAUGAAGUACCAGCAGCUGUUUGAUGAUCUUCGUGGCCAGUCAGAGGCGGCCAUCACAAAGGACAUGUUUGACGAGGCCCUCAGAGCACUUGCUGAUGAAGAUUAUCUGACGGUCACAGGAAAGACUGUUCGGCUUCUGUGAACGCUCGCUGUGCCUGACUGCUGCUCCCUCUUUUGUUACUUGCUUUAUCCUAUUCUCUGUUUCUAUAGAGCAAUUAUUGUUAAUAGUAAUAUGUAUGGACAAUUUCUGGUUGCAAUAAACGAGUU